AACCGUCUGUGCGCUGUCCAAACCCACUUUUUGUACACUGCUAUUUUAUACUCUUUUUUUUUUUUUCCGUCUCUAUUGUUUUUUUUGGUUUGCUGACGUGGCGCCAAAUGAGCAAUGAGUAAAACGAUGAAACAUCCACCCCGGCGAGUGGCGACACCAGCAGCGUCAGAUAAGCGUAAAGAGAGGGAGGUUUUUUACGCCCCUGAAAUUCCAAAAAUACCCAAACUCGCCGCCUCCAGAGCCGGCUCCUCAAAACCCUACGAGCCGGCUUAUCGCAACCAGCUUCUGGCGGGAUAUCUGGCGCACGAAUUCCUCACCAAGGGAACCCUUCUGGGCGAAAAAUGGGAGCCAGAUCGAGCCGAUGCUGCGCCGGGCAGAGCGGAGCCGAGCGCAGAGGCGUAUACCAGGUACGUGGAAGUAGCUGAUUUGCUGAAGAGGGAUGGGGCCCAUUUGCCUGGAAUAGUGAACCCGACCCAACUCGGACGGUUCUUGCACAUGUGACAUCUCAGCAAGGCAGCAUAGACACGUGGAGGAAGACCAUUGGUCGUCUCCACUUUAGAUUUCUUCUCACCAUCCAUUGGAUUUUGUAAACACAGUAAGCAACAUUUUGUUUUGUAUCUCAACAUCGAUUUAAAUCCGAUAGAUAAGAAUUUUCAGAUCGCUUUAACCCGAUCCGUUUAGCCCCAAGAAAUGCCAAGAAUGGAAGGGAUAGGAAGAACAUGCAGGCAUUUACGAAGCAA